GUAAAACUUGAACGCCCAGUAAUAUGUUCGCGUCUCCGACGGCCUGAAAAACAGAUAAGACCCAUCGUCAAAGGAAAGCUAUUGAGGCACAUGCUGAGGUGGCAGUCUUUCAUCAUUGUCACAUGAUCCCAGACACAAAAACGGAGGGAACUACAUAUAGUGAGGAAAGGUACUAAAGGAGCAUCACAGCUUCACCUCCCACCAGCGAAGGCUAGGAAAUUCAACUGGAACUUUGAGUUUUUGAAGAAGACGGACCCUGUUGGAUAACCAAGAGAAUUUGCGAAAUGAAGAUCCUGUUUGUCCUCGUUGGAUCCUUGGCAAUCCUCCCAUAUAUCUACGCACGGCCAUCUGAGGAGAGAGUAGGUCUUGGAGAAGUGUGUGACCCAAACGCUGAAAAACCCUGCGACGUCGAACAUGCGGUAUGUUUGAAUGGAGCUGAUGGGCCGAAGUGCCAGUGCGAACAAGGAUACGUGGAAGAAGGCAGCACUUGUAGGACCAACGAUACUCCCAAGUCUGGCUCUGAACUCAUCAUGGACAGGCUGAGGCAGGCUAUUAGGGCGUUUCGGGAGGCAAGGUCGGGGUGCGGGUGGCGGUGUCAGCAGUCGAUCGAGCCGCUAAUGAACGAAAAGAGGGAUUUGAUUGGAAGUAAUAAGGAUAUGGCCAGUGCACUUAACGAGUUCUUCGAUUCCGUUUUUACUGUGGAAUCCGGACCCGUCACCGUCUUUGGAGGAGGUGACCUCUGCGCGCAGUGGAGGUGGAGGAAAGAGACCUACCAAACGAAAGACCUGAGGCUAUACCAGCGCGAAACCAUCACCGGACUCCACAAAUCUGGAGAGUCAGUUGCAGAAUGUUUUCGUCUUCUUGGUACGCCACGGUCCAGCGUCUACAAGGCAGUGAAACGCUUCAAGGAGCUUGUUAUAAGUCUUGACUACCUCAGGAGCGGCCGCCCAGCAACUGGUUAUGUCCCCAAGGUCAGGAAACGUAUGCGACAACUGCUCAGACGCAACCCCAACCGCUCCAUGCGUUCUGUUGCCUCCCCCAUUGGUAUUAGCAGCGAGUCUGCUCGAAAGAUAGCCAAAGACAGGCUAAAGUUGAAGCCUUACAAGGUUCAAAAGGUGCAGCUCCUAACCCCUGCACAGCAACAAGCCAAGCUGCGAAAAGCGAAAGCGCUACUCAAGAGGUUCUGCAAACCCAACAGGAGCUUAGCCUCUCUCAUCAUCUCCUAG